AUGGGCGGCGAGGACUCCGGAAGCGCACUAGCCAAUCGGGUGGAUGCACGUUAUGGUUACAAUAACCUUGAUUCAUUCUUUGCUAGACGCAUCGUCAACGAGCUGGAUGCUCUAUUGAAUGAGCAUAAUGAAUUUUUGAAAAUAUUCAAAUCCCACAUGCACAAAUUAGAAAGCGAUAAUCACGCUAUUGUUAUUAAUCCUGAUAAAACACCAGCUGGAGAAUACAUUCGUAGAUUCAAUGCACCUGUUGCUGACGACGUUGCUGGAAUCAUGGUUGGCGAUCGUACAGGUGCACGAGAAAUUGUGGUUCGUAGAAGAAAUAAUAAUCUUCAGUUCAUUGCUGAUACACACCGUUCAUAUGACGCUCUCCAAUAUCCGCUAAUCUUCUGGAAGGGACAAGAUGGAUAUAGCAUAAAUAUUAAACAACGAGAUCCCGUAUCAGGAGCCGAAACAAACAAGAACGUUAGCUCGAAGGAUUAUUAUGCGUAUAGAUUGAUGAUUAGACGCGGGCUGGAUAACGUCAUUCUACGAUUUCGAGAGCUUUGUCAACAAUUCAUGGUCGACAUGUACGCGAAGAUAGAAGGCGAACGACUACGAUACUUACGAUAUAAUCAACUCAAGCUACGUGUGGAAGAGUACAUUCACUUGCGAGACGCUAUUGUCAACAACGCCGACGCCGCCGAAAUUGGUAACUCUGUCAUUCUACCAUCAUCGUACGUAGGCAGUCCACGUCAUAUGCAAGAGUAUAUACAGGAUGCUCUGACUUUCGUGCAUGAAUAUGGGCGACCGUGUUUAUUUAUCACGUUCACAUGUAAUCCAAAAUGGCCAGAGAUUACAUCUUUGCUGUUGCCUGGCCAAAAUGCAAUACAUCGUCAUGACAUUACAGCACGUGUGUUUAGACAAAAGCUGAAGUCAUUAAUAAAUUUUAUUACUAAAUCACAUGUAUUCGGUCCCACAUGUUGCUGGCUGUAUUCGGUUGAGUGGCAAAAGCGAGGAUUACCUCAUGCCCACAUUUUGGUUUGGUUAAUCGACAAAAUCCGUCCUGAAAAAAUAGAUAAUAUAAUUUCUGCAGAAAUUCCCGAUCCGUCUACUGAUCAAUUGCUGUUUGAUAUUGUUACAGCAAACAUGAUUCAUGGCCCAUGCGGUACUUUUAAUCGUUCAUCGCCUUGCAUAUCAGAUGGAAAAUGUACAAAAAAUUUCCCUAAAGAUUUCACUAACGAUACAAUCACAAAUGUCGACGGAUAUCCAAUAUAUCGUCGAAGGAAUCCAGAUAAUGGCGGAAAAUCAUUUAUUAAAAACAUCAGCAACACAGACAUUGAUAUUGACAAUCGUUGGGUCGUGCCAUAUUCGCCCCUGCUGAGCAAAACAUACAAUGCUCAUAUUAAUGUUGAGUUCUGCAGUUCUGUGAAGAGCAUCAAAUACAUUUGCAAGUGUGUCCAUAAAGGCAGUGACAUGGCAGUGUUUAGAGUGGAAAAUACCAAUGUGAAUGCUCCUCCAGUAAAUAAAAACGAUGAAAUAACGCUCUACCAAAUAGGUCGGUACAUCAGCUCCGAUGAAGCUGUUUGGCGUAUCUUUGGUUUUCCAAUUCAUGAACGGGAUCCAGCAGUUGUUCAGUUAGCCGUUCAUCUUGAAAAUGGUCAGCGUGUAUAUUUCACGAACGAGACAGCGAUUGAUCGUGCUAUAAAUCCACCAAAAACUACACUCACUGAAUUUUUUGAAUUGUGUAACCGUGCGGAUGAUUUUGGUGCCUUUGCACGUACUUUACUCUAUUCACAAGUACCACGCUAUUUCACAUGGGCUCAAACAAAACAAUGGAUACCCCGCAAGCAAGGCUCAUUAGUUGAUGCAUGCCCCAAUUUAUUCAAAUCAAACGCCUUGGGGGGAGUAUUUACAGUGAAUCCAAGACAGACUGAGUGCUUUUAUCUUCGACUAUUGUUGGUUAAUGUUACUGGCCCAUUGUCAUUUCAAGAUAUACGUUAUGUGAAUGGGCAACAGUAUACAACGUAUAAAGAUGCAUGCCUUGCACUCGGCUUGCUAGAAGAUGACAAUCAGUGGGAAUGUAUGCUUGCUGAAGCAGCAUUGAACUGUACAGCAAUACAAAUUCGUCUACUAUUCGCUAUAGUGUUGACUACAUGUUUUCCAGCCCGAGCAGAGAUAUUAUGGGAUAAUCACAAAGAUUCAAUAACUGAUGAUAUAUUGCAUCAACAUCGUACACGGUGUAACGAUCUAGCGAUAACAUUUAGCGACGAUAUGUACAAUGAAGCAUUGAUUGCUAUCGAGGAUCUUUGCAUUAUCAUUGCCAACUUACCACUCAGUCAUUUCGGUAUGAAGUCGCCAAAUCGAGGUGCAACUAAUUUAAUGAACACUGAAAUGAAUCGUGAAAUGCAGUACAACACUGUAGAAACGGCGGCGAUUGUUACUCGCAAUGUCCCACUAAUGAAUGAGGAACAAAGAACCAUUUACGACCGUAUUAUGCUCGUAGUUUCAGUAGGACAAGGUGGGUUCUUCUUUUUAGAUGCACCAGGUGGAACUGGCAAGACAUUCCUUAUUUCGCUAAUUCUCGCCAAAAUACGAUCCAAUAAUGGCAUCGCAUUGGCCGUUGCAUCAUCGGGCAUUGCGGCAACUUUAUUGGAUGAAGGCAGAACAGCUCAUUCAGUGACUUCAGACAAACACUUCCCGUCAUUCCACGUUCAACAUACGCUGAUGAAAUCAACGCCUGCUUAA